CGUGGGGGGGAGGGUGAAGGGGGGUUAAAUAGGACCUACUAGGAAGGGAACGAGGGGAAUGGAAGGGGGGCAGUACGUACCGGAAAGAGGGGUGGGGGAGCCGAAUGAUAUGGAGGGAAUGGAGUACGGAAGGGGUUUCCUCAUGCAGAUACUUACGAAGUCAUACUUGCUGCAUCGACCAAUUGAGGGGCUAGGCCUAAUAGAACGGAUGUGGGAGCGACUUCGGGCUUUGGUGCCAGACGUGAGCAACAUCAUCAUUGCAGCCUUUGCAGGCGAUUUUAAUUUAGUAGUGGAUCCAAAGCUAGAUGUGGCAAAUGACAGGCGUAUGGACACGGACUCGCUUGCACUAAUGCACGGAAUGACAAGCCUUGGCUACUGGGUGAGCAAUUGCCCUCAGGAUAACCUGCUAGACCACAUCAUGAUGGCAACACAGAACCUUAGAGCAAAUCUGGGCAGGCAACUGCGGGGCAGCUAUCUCGCACACCAAAGGACGGGGGAGGAAUAUGUGCAUAGGAUGGAGGACCUUGAUGCCGGCCCUGGAGGAGAGCAAACAGGGGAGGAAUGGUGGGGGGAGCAUGCAGAAGCGGUCCGAGAGUGGAGGGAAUGGCAAGGGGAGGAGGCGGUUAAAUGGGGUAGGCGAACAAAGGAGACCUGGAUAUCGGUAGGCGAGCGAAUGUCACGGGAAUUUUUUGGUACGGUAGGUGCGCGGAAAGUAAUGCAGGCGAUGACAGUGAUGGAUCAUCCCUUUGACAGCCAGAAGGAGAGGCAGCGCACUACGCGGGGUAUUCUGAUGUAUGCUACAGACUUCUGUAGCCAACUAUUGACAGAGGAAGAGCAGUGGACAUCAGCAGAUAUGGCUAGGGAGCCGGACCAACAAAUCUGGAAGCACAUUCAAAGGCGACUGAACCUCAAAAGUAUAUGCAAGUUGGAGGAGGAUAUUCAACCACAGGAGGUAGAGAGGGCGAUAGUGGAUCUCCCUAGACUCAAGGUGGCCGGCCUGGACGUGUUGGCAACCCACCUGAAGGAGAUCCUACCGUACAUUAUAGAUCAUACUCAAACAGGUUUUGUGGCGGGUUGGCAGAUUCUGUCGAAUGUAUUGCAGGCCCAGCAAAUCCUGGAGGAAGAGCAGUGCACAGGUCAGGCCAUGGCAUUCGUAUCUAUAGACCUCGAAAAAGCGUACGACAGGGUACGGUGGGAAUUUCUGCUACAAGGAAUGGCGUGCUGGGGCAUUGGCGGAAUAUUUUGUGGAUGGGUCAGGAGUCUGCUGAAAGGAAGCUCGACGGUGAUGCUGAUCAAUGUGGUACGGUCAGAUAAGAUCGCUGUCACCCGAUCCGUUAGACAAGGAUGCCCAUUGUCCCGGGCUCUAUAUGUUAUCUAUAUAGAAUCUCUGCAUGAGCUGUUGAGGGAGGAUGACAGGAUCAUGGGCUUGAAGGUGGGGCCAGCAGCUGAGCUGAGAUCCACGUCCACGGCCUUUGCAGACGAUACAGGAGCUGUAAUCCCCCCGACCACCCAGCAGCUGCAGGUAUUAAAAGAUGAUUUGGCAAUUUUCUGCAGGUUAAUAUGUGAUGCAGCAGGUGAACCGUUCCCAUGGCAAGGACCGCGAGGAGCAUAUGGCUGGAAAUGGGCGGAGCCGGGAGUUCAUAAGGUGCGUCACCUUUGGGACGAAGGCAGAGAGGAUUGGCGCACGGACAAUGACAUGGAGGCAGCCCUGCCAGGACGAAUGAGGAAGAGGCAAAGAAUAGCAGAGCUGAGGACAGCCAUUCCCGCCCAGUGGGUGCAGAUAUUGAAAGAGGAUCAGAUAACGGUAGGGGCGUGGGUGAGGAUCAAGGGUAACCCGAGGCCGGAUAGGGUAUAUAGGGUGGAGCGGCCUGUGCAAGGAGACAGGCUAGAAGUUACAGAAUGGAGGGUAAUGCCGGGCGUAGCAUAUGGAGGGUUGGGGGGGGCUUUGCAGGAAGCAAGGGGGCGACGGAAGGGGGGAUUGGCUCUGGUAAGGAAUGGAGUGGACACGGUGGCAGUCUGCGAGGGAGGAAAAGGCGCAGAGGGACAAUAUCGACCAUUCCAGCUUGCACAUAGGCUGCGGGAUCUGUAUUGGAACCCAAGGCCCACGGGACCGGGAAUGGUCACCUCAGGGGACACAUAAUAAGGCCACGCCGAUGCAGGAAGUGACCGCUAAAAACAUCU